AUGCAGGGCACCCUAGGAGGAGCACUGGGCCCUGGGCUGUCCCCUGUGGUCAGACGGACACUUCUGGUCUGCACCUUCUUCCUGGCUGUAGUUUGGAGCCAAAUGAAUUUCACUGGAGACCAGGUUCUUCGAAUCCUGGCCAAAAAUGAGAAGCAGCUGUCACUUCUGAGGGAUCUGGAGGGCCUGAAGCCCCAGAAGGUGGACUUCUGGCGUGGCCCGGCCAGACCCAGUCUCCCUGUGGACAUGAGGGUCCCCUUCUCUGAGCUGCGUGACGUCAAAGAGUAUCUGAAGGCUCACGGCCUCGCUUACACGGUCAUGAUAAAGGACAUCCAGGUGCUGCUGGAUGAAGAAAGGGACACCAUGGCAAGGUCCCGCAGGCUGGAACGCGGCACCAAUAGCUUCAGCUACUCUUCUUAUCACACUCUGGAGGAGAUAUAUAGUUGGAUGGACAACUUUGUAGCUGAACAUUCUAAUCUCGUCUCCAAAAUUCGAAUUGGCAACAGCUUUGAAAACCGGCCGAUUCUUGUCCUGAAGUUCAGCACGGGCGGCUCAAAUCGCACAGCUGUCUGGAUCGACACCGGGAUCCACUCCCGGGAGUGGAUCACUCAUGCCACUGGUAUCUGGCUCUCAAACAAGAUUGUCAGUUCAUACAGCAAAGACCAUGUCUUGAAAAAAAUAUUGAAUUACAUGGAUAUUUUCGUAGAGGUUGUCACCAACCCUGAUGGCUUUGCUCUCACCCAUAGCAUGAAUCGUCUAUGGCGAAAAAACAAGUCCAGUCAACCGGGCAUCUCCUGCAUCGGCGUGGACCUCAACAGGAACUGGAAGACAGGCUUCGGAGGAAAUGGUUCUAACAAAAACCCUUGCUCAGAGACUUACCGAGGGCCCUCUCCUCAGUCAGAGCCAGAGGUGGCUGCGAUCGUGAACUUCGUCACAGGCCACGGGAACUUCAAAGUUCUGGUCUCCAUCCACAGCUACUCUCAGAUGGUCAUGUACCCUUAUGGCUAUUCUCUGGAGCCUGUGCCUAACCAUGAGGAGCUGACGCAGCCAGCGGGAUUACGGUGGACUGGGCUUAUGACAGCGGCAUCAAGUAUGCCUUCAGCUUCGAGCUCCGGGACACUGGACAAUACGGCUUCCUGCUGCCCGCCUCACAGAUUGUCCCCACAGCCCAGGAGACGUGGAUGGCCAUACGGACCAUCCUGAAACAUGCCCUAACUCACCCCUAUUAGCCACGCUCCCGAAGCCAGAGCAGAGGGGCUCAUCUCUUCCCCCAAGGCCUGGACUCCCCCGAAGGCCGAUUAAGCAG